CCGAGUUCUCGUGAAAAAGCGGGGUUUAGCGAUCCGACAGGUGGAUGGGCCCCCCCAAAGGGGACGGCGAAACGAGCCAUGGAUGCCGGAAAGUUGAAUUCGGCCCUAUCUGAGCGCUUCUCGGAAGCUGAUGCCCAGCUACAGAAAACGAUCGAAUCCUUGCAGGAACAGGUCCAAAGUUUGCUGAAGGGAGUUGAGGCCGAUCUCACAAGGCACUUGCAGGAGCUUGCGAGUCUCCACCACCUCAAUGGUGAUGACAGCAAGGCCAAGCCAGAGGCCUUGGAGGGUUGGGUGCUCCAUGACCAAGCGCUGACCCUGAAGUGGCCUCAGGAGCAUCCGGAAGAGAAAAGCGUGGGAGCAUUGGUGCUGGAAGAAGGUGCCGAGGUGGAGAAGGAGGACCAAGCCUCGCAUCCCACAUUGCGCCUCAGUGCUCACUUGAUGGAGCUAUCAAUGAAGGCCCAAGAAGCCGUGGGCUCCGGAGGCCGCGAGCGCUUCAAGUCAGAGCUCACGAACGGGCAGAAAGCGCUGAAGCGGCUUUGGACGAGGAAUCCAAGCUCUCAACUGAGUACGUCCCAGUUCGACCGGUGCGAUUCCAUGCGUGUCAUCAGCCCCAAUUCCAAGUUCCGCAUCGCUUGGGACCUCUUUGGGGCUUGGCUCAUCUACAUGGAUGCCUUCGUCCUUCCGAUGUGUAUUGCCUGGAACUUGACAUUGACUCCAUUUCCUACGCCCAAUGCUUCUUCAAGCACGAUGUUGCACCUGUUUGCAGCUUUGUCAUUUGUCUUCUGGCCUGCUGACAUUUACUUGAACUUCAGCACUGGUUUCUACAUGCAGGGCUUCCUCCAGCUAUCUCGCAAGGCUAUUGCGUGUCGCUAUUUGAAGACCUGGUUUGUCUAUGAUUUUUCCACGGUCUCCGUUGACAUCGCCGCAGCUUUUUUGGGCUUGGUGGAAGAGGAGUCUCAAGAGUUCUUACAGUCACUACGUUCUGCACGCUACCUGCGUGUUUUGAGAAUUAUGCGGAUCUUUCGAAUCCUGAAAGCAGGGAAGAUCAAUCUUUUAAUCGAGAAUCUUGUGAUAUCAAUGGGCCGACAGUGGUUGAUUUUGGCCUUUACAGUGGGGCGAAUGCUGCUGGCCAUCGGCAUGGUAGCUCACAUUUUGGCGUGCAUUUGGUUUGGCCUUGGCCAGGCAGUGGAUGAAAGCAGCAAUGGAAGAAGCUGGAUUACUUUGGCCGGGGUAGAGAAUCGCACCGACGUGGGGAUCGGAGUGCAAUAUGUCCAUGCGAUUGGCUGGAUCCUGUUGCCACCUGCGCCACCAACUUUGCACGCUGACAGCGGCGCAGAGCAUACCGUCUCACUCUUGCUGUUUGUCACCACCGUCUUGGUGAUUGGCUCAGCCCUGUCCAUCCUCACUGGCACCCUCCAUGAGAUCCGGCAGGUAAACAACGAGCGUAGCAGAAAGCGCAGGGAGCUGCGGAUCUUUCUCCAGACCAAGGCGGUGCCAACAGAGUUGUUGAUGCGCAUUAUGAGCUAUGCCGACUACAAGAUGGCGCGCCAGUCCCCGAUUGGGUAUGACACAAGUCUUAUCUCGCCUAUGCUGGAAGCGGAGUUGGCAACAUUUCAGUUCGGAGGCAAUCUGCAGAAACAUCCCUUCUUCGAUCUGACCUCAAAUAUUUUCCCGCAGACAUUCGCAGACUUCUGCGGUGCUCUUGUCAAGCAGUUCUAUAGUGAGGGGGAGUCCGUCUUCACUGCGGGCUCUUUGGCAGAGAUGAUGUACAUCACUAGCCAUGGGGAUUUCUCCUUAGGCGACGAUGAGACCCAUGCCAGCAGAACCUUCAGUGGGAACCACAACUACUUCGCCGAGGUCUCCCUUUAUGUGGAAGCAGUGAUGCACAAUUGCACCCUGCAAGCCGAGUCCUUCGGAGAGGUCUUUGUCCUGACGGGCUCCAAGCUGGCUUCAGUGCUGGCAAACUCUCCGAUGUGCACCACGAUGUUCAUUGAAUACGCCAACCAGUACAUCCGAGCCUACUCCGAUGCGAUGAGCCGGAAGGAGCAUGACGAUGCUUUGGAAAUGGAGAGGGCCUGUGCUUCAAAAGCGACCUUCACAAAUUCGUUCUACAUGGAUUUGAACGUGGAUGAGCGGAAGAUGCUCAGAUCAAUUAACCUAAAGGAGCUGCAAGAGCAGGAGGACCGGUCAACGCCCCUGGAGUUUGUUGAACAAGUGCUGAUGAGCAAUCAACCGGAAUUCCUUGACCAGCUGCGCAAGUCCUUUGUGGAGCUUGACACUGCUGAUGGCCUUCACACAAGGUACGGCGAGCUCAAAGAGCAAGAAAAGGUCGAGAGCGGCAUCCUGAGCUUGGUGGCCUUGGCGCGAGGCGACUACGAGGCUUACACCUCCCCCCAGAGCGGAGCAAACCGCCUGACCAUGGCUCAGUGGGAGCAACUUCAGGGUGUACUUCUUUGGGCCGAGCCUACCCCAGAGAAAGUGAUGGCAGCAAUCUGGCUUCUAGCAGUGCGGCCCAUGGGCAAGUACAGGGCAGUGACAUCACAGCUCCCAAGCCAUGCACAGCGGCCAGACCAAGCAGUACGGUACAUCCUUGCUGGCUAUCCCCUUGUGUCACCUUCUGGCGAUGCCUUAACAACUCACGUCCGAGCCUUUGUGACAUCCACUCUUGAGCUGCAGCUGGAUUUCAACUUUGCACAGAUGUUGCAGGGUGAAAACGUGCCGGCCAACCUUUUGCAACUGAAAGAGUUCAUCCUGAAGAAGAGCGGCGAAGAGACUUUGAAGUUCUAUGUACUGUUUCUGCUGGGAUUCCUGAGUGGUCUAGCUGGUGGCAAUGGCUCCCGCUUUAUGAACUGCAGCAAUGCCCGGUCCACGAUUCCCGGGCUUCACAUCCUCAUGCGGGUCUUGGAGAAGGAACCCACAGCACUUUACUGGACCUACAUCCACAACCGUGCGGUGGACUUGGGCCGUCAGCCAUCCAAUACGGCUGAUCUUGCCGUGGUGCGCUUGGCCUGCCUGUGCAGGGCACAGAAGCCCAAGGACCUGCAGGUGCUGCAAGAGUCCUGGCAGCAGCUCACGAGUGCCGAACAGCGCAGUUUAUUGCAGCACUUUUUAGCGGAUGGCGUGGUCAACCAGGCCAUUGUCUUUGAGUUCCUGCCGCUGUGCUUGGAGCGCGCCAAAUCCAACGCUUUCGUGACAAUCCCUGUGCUGCUGCAGGUGCUGGUGGAGCUUUUAGCUGCCGUACGUGCAGUAGCGCCCAAAGCAGUGGCCUCUGUGGUGCCCAGAAGCUCGCUCAACACCAUUCGAGACACAGGCAGCAAGCUUCAGACCUUGUCCGUCGACCUGGCAGACCUGGCUGCCUUCAUCUUGAUGGUGCAAAACAGCUACAUCUUUCAGACUUGCCUGUGCCGAGCGAAGUUGCGUUUGAUUGGCGGCCGGCUGGUCUUGGAGGUGUCCCAGGAGAACUGGCGUCGAGUUCGGGAACCCCACACAGAUGUCAUCAUGCUGGCAAAUUCCGUCCGGGAUCUGGUGAAGCACCACAAGCAAGAGAAGGAGAACGGAAAUACAGCUAUGGGAGUGCCAUUGGACUUGCAGUUCGUGGAGAGUGAGAUCUUUUGAGCGAAGGGCAUGGACUCUGAUUCUUCACAAUAAGCAUUGGCUUCCGGGCGCGCCCCUUUUUUUGGCAGUUUUUUGGGGCUGUCUAUGAGAACUGAGUGUUGGGUCGACUUAAUAAGUUGAUGGGC